AUGACAUCGCAAGGCUACCAACUAUACGUGGAGGCAAAUGUCAUUGGGUCGAAUAACCGCUCCCCUGAAGCGGUUCUAGCCUACCAGCAGCAUGCGCUUAGGGUGAAACUCCCCCUGUUGAAACUAUCUGGGCACAAGAUCGAGCCGGGGGGUCGUGCAGGGUGGCUAGUGGCCCAGCAGCUAAAGAGGCAGACGCUCCAUCCGGCAACAGCCCCGACGUCAUCGCUCUUGUCGCAAAUCCAUCUCUCAUCAACGGUUCUGCUUUCUUUGCGCUGCCCCGCCAUAUUUUUAAUCAACGGCCCGCCCCAGUCAGCCGCUGCCGUCACCCACGGUUCGCUUGCAGUCAGUUCCUUUCCCUCUAGUAUUCCCUAUCAGGUCAUCCACUCCUUCAAUCCAAACAUAUCACACAUGUCUCGAUACGGCGACUACCGUCGCUCUACUGGGGCUCUCGACGAGGACCAUUAUUCGCGGGACCGUGAGCGUCACCGUCACCGUCACCGUUCACGUGGACCCCCGGUACUCGAGCGCCCCCGUCGUGUCGAAGAGGAUGAUCGCUUCGAAUAUCGCCUUAAGGAACAGGAGCGAUACGGCCCCCCUGCCCGUCGCUCUGAAAUAUUCUACGAGGAUGACCAUAUAGCCUACUCCCCAGGCCCGCUGGUCACCUACCGCCAUGCCGAAAGUCCUCCCCCGCGCCCGCGCCUUCUGCGCCGACAGUCUUCCUUGGACACUUUCGACCGCCCAACACGCAAGGUCGAUGAAUAUUACUAUAGCGACUACCCGCCUAGAGCUCCUCCUAGUCCCCCACCGAUGCGAAGACGAGGCUCCUUCCACCGUGUUCGUUCGCCCGACUACUACGAGGAAAUCCGUAUCGCGGAACCAGACUACUAUGGCGAUGAAGAGUACCGGGAGUUCCGUGAGCGUGAUCGGAUCGUGGAGCGCCCACGUCGCUCAGUGAGUCGGUAUCGUGGGAGAAUGGUAGAGGAAAUUGACGUGGAGAAACCGUAUCCUCGGAAAGGCAGAACUCGCAUGCCUCGCAAGUUGGUUCACACCAGCGCGAUCCGCGAGUUUGGCUAUCCGUAUGAGGAAGAGGGAAAAAUGAUCAUCAUUCAGGUUGCUCUUUCCAAGGAGCAGAUUGACGAGGUCAUCAGUCGAAGUCGUGAGAUCAAGCGCAUGACCGAGACACAUUAUAAGCAUACCUCUUCACCCUCACCCAUUCGCGACAGACAUCGCGACCGCAUAGUGGAAAAAAUCGCUAUGGAGAGUUACACUCCCCGGACGAGCCAUGAGACUUUGCUCAUCGAGCCAUCUCCGUCCCGGCACCGGUCGCGGUCGCGCCAUCACCAUCAUCACCACCACCAUCCCGAGCUGGAGGAAACGAAAAUAACCAGGACAGUCUCUCGGACACGAAACGUGUCCGUCCAGGGUCGCCCUCGCCGUCGGUCAUCGCCCGUGCGUAGAAUUGAGCGGUAUGACGAUGGAGCGCAAUCCACUAAGCUUCAGUCCGGCCCACUUGCAAUCGUUGUACGUCCGCGAGACAGUGAUGACGAUCUGCGGGAAUACACGCAAAUCGAGCGACGUGGCGGUGGGGAGGUGAUCCGAGACACGGAGGUUAUUGGCGACGGCGAAGAAGAGGAGAUCCUCGAGGUGAAAAAGGAUCGCAGAGGCCCGAGCUCACGGCUCAUGAGAGCGAUGAUGGCGACUUUGACUUAA